AUGCCUGGCUUCGCGAGUCCUCAUCUCACGCCCUCCCAUGCUGUCUCCUUGCCUCAGCUGACCAAUCGCUCCGAAGACCAGACCGAUUCUCUUGGCAGCAACCGACGCCAGGCCAGUCUGCUCAAGGUUAAUUUGGACAAACAGCACUCGAAAGACGUGGCUCAUGUGACCUUAACCUCGGAACUUCUACUCCGAUUAUGA